AUAAACAUAAAAAUAAUACGUCGACAAGUCUCACUUCGACGAUUAUUAUAGACGAAUUCCAAUAUUUAAAUCAAACUUGUUUUGUCUGUUUAAAAAAAAAACACUCAAAUAAAAUUCUCAGUGAAUGAUUAUUGAUUUUGAAAUUAAUCAUUGUAUUCACUCGAAAUGUCUUCUGACGAGCAGAAGAAGCAAUUGCUGGCGCAAAAAUUCUUUCGAAGUUUGAAAAGUAAGCAAAAAUCCCCCAAGACCGAGCAUACAGCUGUUUCUCCGAAAAAGUCAAAAAUGUCUACAGCCAAAACAGACGGACAAAGCCAAGAAAGUGAAGUAGAUUUAACAAAUCGAGCCAUUGAAGAGAUUCAACGUGAAACUCAGCGUGCAUCGAGAUUGGCCGAAGAAAUUGGUCCGAGUGGUUGGCGUAUGAAAACACAACGAACAAACAAACGGUUUUUGGCCAAUACAAUGCGAUCUGUGCUGAGUCACAAUGAACGAACUAGUGUCAAGUAUACAAAAGAGUCGAAGCGAAAAUUUGAAGAACUUUCGAAACGGCCACCGAAAUUCGGAACACGACUACAUUCAUUCCAGUCAUCGGACGAAAGAAUGAACAAAGAAAAGAAUUCUACAGAUUCGUCAACGAGAUGAUCCACAAUUUUCGCUCGAACCAACUGUCAUAGUUUGGACAUUUCUCUAAAGCAACUUUGCCUUUUUUUCUAAUUUUAAGUUCAUUUUACACAGAAAAAAAAUCUUUAAAAAAAUGCAUAAACGGUGCAGAAAACAAAGAAUUAAAAAUUAAAAAAAAAACACGUUAAAAGUUUUGUACAUGGAAAUGUUUUGUUUAUCGUUUGGUCCAUUCCAGAAUGUUGUUAACAACGGCAAUACUACAUGUGAGAGUUCAAGUCGGGUUGUCAUAGUGCAUGUUUAUUUGUCUACUGGUAUUGCUGUUGUUAUUGACAUUUGCACACAGAAGGUUUCAUUGUUUGUGUUGUGUGGUAGCCAAAAAAGCGUGUUACUUGUUGAAUACUCGAUACUUUUGCUCGACAAAUGUGUGAUAAAUACACACGAUUUUACUCAAUGCUCAAAUUUGUUAGUCUAAUUAUUGUGGUAAAAAAGAUGCUGUUCAUUUGAAUGUUGUUUAGUUGCAAGUAAAUCAGUCAAAAUGGAGGUGAACACCGAAACAGACGCAACGCUUAAAGAGCGGGUCAAUGAUAUUCUCGAUAGCUUGAAUGCGUUACCCGAUGGCGACGAUAUUGACGUGAACAAAUGUGAUAUUUUAUUUACAAUCAUAUCAAUUGCCAGCCGCGUUAUGAGCAUCAUUUCCACUUUGCUGUUGGCAUUACAUUAUUUCCAUGGUGACAAAGUUCAUCACUUCACAUGGACCAUGUGCUGUUUCAUCAUUCCAAUGUUUGUCACGAUGUUUCUUCAAUUGUCGAUCUAUUCUGAGGAUCGAAGAGAAGGAGCAAUUCGGAAAUUGAAUAUUUUCGAAAUCUUUUGGUCGGUCAUCAUUUUUCCAAUCGUAUUUCGGUACUGGAAAACACUGAUUUACACGCUGAAAUGUAAGCGAGCCGAAUUUCGAAAUGAUCGAGAAGAGCAGAAGAAGUGGUAUGCCCGGCUAGUCAAUGAAGACAGUGAUGUGGCUCUUGUGAGAAUAUUCGAAUGUUUCUUAGAGGCAGCUCCGCAGAAAAUACUCCAAAUUUCGAUUAUUUUGUCUGGAGAAGAGAAAAUCAGCACUCCACAAAUGUUAAGCUUGUGCAGUUCAAUGUUUAGCAUGGCUUGGUGUAUCGCUUCAUAUCAUCGCUGUAUUCGACUAUCUCAAUUGGAUAAAAUUAACAUUUCAUGGAUUGGAAGCAUUGUGCAGUCGAGUUGGCAUUUAACCAUUACUGUAUCUCGAAUUUUAUCCAUAGCGAUAGUAGCGAGUUUGUUUCCAAAGCUGACAUUGCUGUGUUUCUCAAUUCAUGCAAUCCUAAUGGGACUAUGGGUAUUCAUUUUCGAUCGGUCACCAUUCUGUUCGAAUUCAUUGAUUCACAGUUUGUUUUUCUCGCUCAUUUUGGGCUUUGUGUUCAUUUUCAAUUAUAUUCUGCCAAAAGCACGACCGACUCGCUAUCGUUACGCCACAUUCUAUUCGAUUUGCUUUCUGGAAAAUAUCAUUUGUGUGGUUCUCUAUGUGACAUUCUCGAAAGAAGAAGACAAACAAGAAGACUAUUUCCUUAUCCUGUGCAUUAUGUCAAUCGUUCCAUUCAUUGUGGGUGUAUUUUUCAUGGUACUCUACUAUUUAUGGUUUCACCCAAAUCUGGUGAGCCGUCGCAUAUACCACGAUGAAGAAAGAGAAAAAGAAAUGCAGAUAUUUUCAUCGUCAGCUGAUCCAGCCGCACCAGUAUCGACAGCAUAGUCUCACGUGCAUUGGAGCCGGAGCAUCCAACAGAAGACACAUGUCUUGUAUUGACAUCAUCAUCAUUCAUAUUCUGUAUUAUUCGACAGUAUUUUUGAUAGGAAAACUAAUUGUAACGAACGAACAAACUUCUUGAAAUGAAAUAAAGACCAUAGUACAAA